AUGAAUGAACUGCCCGAUGAGUUUGUUCAGGUGCCCAUACCAUUGGUUGGUCUAGUUGGAGUGCCAAGUGUACAUCAGUUCAUUGAGAAGAAUGUAUCGACAAAGACAUUGUCUGACUUUUAUAGAGUACAUCCUGUAUCUCCUGCAUUGGUGUCGACAACAUCCUCGCAACAUCAACAACAACAGCCUUUAUCACUUGAACAACAACUUAAUAGUGACCUAUUGAUCACAUCACAACAGAAGGAUCAACAACAACAACAACCAAGUCCACCAUCAUUAUCAGUAACAUCACCAUCAUCAACAUCAUCAAAUAAUGUAACAACAUCAACAACAACAUCAAUGCUUGGAGGAUGGAGAGUCCAACCAAUCACAUUACCUAAACUUAGAGUGGUCACGAUGGAGGCUGGCACACUACCACUGAAGAAGGAGAAGCGAAUCAAUCAUUCAGAGACGUUCGUACCACAUGGUAUACUCAAGGCCAACUGGAUACAUAAGCACACUGUCACACUGCCCGCCGUCAUAUCACUCUUCCUUCAAUGGCCCGAAGACAAGACACCCAAGGCCCAAGAGGCAUUGCUCACUCAAAUAGACAUUGUCAAAGCCAAUAUCAAGGCAAGGAAUGUAAAGUUGAUGGUGAUCAUUGUGACAUCGACACCAAACAUUGAGAUGAAUGAUGAGCGAUUCACAAUCAUUCGUCGUCGUGCAGAUAUUGAUCCCAAGUACUUCAUGUUCUUGAACAAGGUUGAAAUCAAAGGUUUCGUCCAAAAAUGGGAGAAACUGGCGAUGGAACUGUCUGAUCAACAUUAUAAGGAGUGCUCUUCAAAGUCUCAGAUAUCAAAGUCGACACAUCCCUUCCUGCUCAUACGCUAUCACUUCAAGAUUGCUUACUACUCAGAGUUCCGUGUCGACAUGAACACAUCACUCAAGUACUACUCAUUUGCCUACCACUCACUCAAAGACUGCCGACCUGGCAAUGACCCUCGUGGCACACGCUUUGCCGAGUUGCGAAGUAUUGCCUCUUUCCUCAACUUCAAAAUAUGUAAACUAUACUUAUGGACCAACAACUUGCCAGAGGCUGUGCAACAGUUUGAGAAACACAUUCGCUUGUUUAAACAUUAUCAGGGCCCAAGCGAGAAGGAGUGGACACACAGCGCAUUCCUCUCACGCGAGUAUCAGAUGUUUGCAGAGUUGCUCGAGAUGUGCCCGAGCAUCAACAAGACAUUGUUCAACGCAAACCCAGCAUUCUACUAUCAGACUGCGGCCAAGUAUGUGGAGGACCGCCGAAGGCUGUUCAAGCCAGUUGGCGAGCAGCACAAGAAUGCCAAGAACGUGCUCAAGUACAAGGACACGAGACAGCGCCACGACAUGGCUCUGCUGCAGUACGUUGGACAGCCGCCACCCGACGUCGCACACCCCUUGGAACAGGUGGCGCGUGCGCCAAUUGGCAGCGACGAUGGCGACGACGACUUCAAUCGCCUGGUGGCCAUCGAGUUGUUCCAACUCAAUCACUCGAGCAUGAUCAUCGACCUGCUGAACAAGGCGCUGGACCAGGCCAGCCACCACCAGAACCUGCGCAUCAUGUCCUACGUCGAGUCGUUGAUUGCCAACGAACACUUCCAGGCGCAGCGCUACGAGCAGGCUCUGAAGCACUACAACAAGAAUGCCAUGACCUAUCGCAAGGAGAAGUGGUGGACAUUGCUCAACUACACGCUCAACAUGUGUCUCAAGUGCGUGCACAAUCUCAACCUCGUCACCAACUAUAUUGGCUACGCGAUGGACCUUCUCUCGCCCGACCUCACCAGCAUCAAGCUUGAGCGAUCAGUCAUGCAGCAAUCACUCUUAUACGUGCUCACCAAUCCAACCAAGCUUACACCAAGCAUUAGUUUGAACUCAUCACUCGAUGUUAAAAUGGAUCACAAUCAUCCCUUAAUCAGCUGCCGUGUUCAAUUCCCUCACAGCAUUGCAUUCACAAACAGCAAGACAGAGAUAUUCGUGGUGAUCGAGACACACUUCCCCAACCCAGUGCGAUUCAGUAAGCUCAAGUGUAACUUCUCAGACAGUGCCUAUAACAAGAUCAUUACAGAGUCGCGCUCGAUAGUGGACCCAGUGCCACCUAACCUGCGCAUCAACGAGGAGCGCAUGGACCUGGUGUUCCUGCCAGACGAGUCACGUAUCUUCUCCUUCACACUAAACACCAAGGAGAAGACCGAGCUUGAGUGUCUGUCUGUCGAGCUCGAGCUUGGCAACGGACCAAACUGCAUCAACUUUUGCUGGAACAUCUCUGAAUGGGCGAUCAAGUCGGACGAGUCUGAGAAGGAGACAAUGGACAGCUCGCACUCACACUCCCACGCUCACGCUCAGGCUUCGCAUUCAAUCGCAAACGCCGCCAACAAGAAGUCGACCAGCACACUGGAAAUUGUCAAGCCAGACCCUUACAAGAAGUUCUUGGAGCGUUCAUCGAUUAGGAUCCUGGACCAUGAGUCGCUGAUCCAGAUCAGGUGCAACCACGUGCCACCUGCCAUUGUCAAUGAGUUCUACGAGAUCGAGCUGGAGCUCGUCAACAAUGACAAGGAGAUCAGCAGGGGCAGCGUGUCCUUUGACCUCCAGCAGCACCAAAACAGCAACUCACACGACAAGGGCAUCUACACUGCGCCCAACAAGAGCUCGCCACUUGCCAAGCUCGAGCUGCCGCACAUCCCUGAGAAGAAGUCAUUCAAGAAGCGCUUCUACAUCCACUCGUCGCAGAUUGACGAGAUCAAGCUGGUGAUCAAUGUGAGCUACGAGACCAAGGCCAAUGAGAUCUCUCAUGCUUCCAAGAUCUUCACUUUCCCUGUGCAGGUCGGCUUCCUGACGCAGUUCCAGUUCUUUAGCGGCAACUUCCAGCUGAGCGACAUGUACGACGGAAACAUUGUGGCAAAGGAGCCCCUGCUGCUACUGUGCGAUAUCAGGACCAAUCUGCCAUUCAACGUCAACAUCAAAAAGACAACGUUGGAAAUCAACAGCGUGAGCCAGGCUACGCUCAACCCACUCAGUGGCGAGGAUGCCGACGGGUCGUCUGUGCCGGUGGGCCAGCUGCUGGCAUCGUCCAACCAGAACAUGUCAUCAUGCGAGCUGUCCAAGGACAACAACUACUCUUGCUGGUUCAACCUCAUCCCAAUGGUCACUGGCGAGUCGCUCAGUCUGGGCACACUCACCAUCGAAUGGUCACGCAAGGGUGCCGACAAGGUCACGUCGCACCUGCCCAUCCCCCUGCCGCACAUGAGGAUCACGACCAACGCGUUCAUCACGCAGGUCAAGGCUCCGGCGUACGGUGUCGUGGGUAUGCCCAUGUCGCACGUCAUCUCGAUCCAGAACAACACCAACUUCUUGCAAGAGUUUGACUUGUUGGUGAUCAACGCGCCCAGCUUUGGCGGCUGCGACUCGCCCUUUUUAUUCUCUGGCGACAAGGUCAGCUCGUUUGCCAUCCAUCCCGAGUCCAUCUAUGAGAUCAAGCAUGUACUAGUUCCCCUGGUGGCAGGCAAGCAUCCCCUUCCACACUUUAAGAUAUCAAGCAAGCGAUUCAACAAGGAGCUGCCCAAGACCAAGAAUUCCAAUGAGUUCCUCUUCAUCAAACCAAAUCCAAGUUGA